AUGCAUCACCAUCAUCACCGUUCGGACGAGGAAGCGACGACGAGGAGAAGAAGUUCACCAAGAACGACGACGACGACGACGACGAACGCGGAACGAUUGUGGGAAUUACAGAGAGAACUCGCGAAAGAGUUAAUAUUCUCGGAGAACGAUACCGCUUCGAAAGAAAAGAGGGGAGCGCCCAGAGAACGAAGAAAAGGGAGGACCAGAAAAGAGGAGGAGGAGGAGAAAAAUUCGAAAAUAAUAAGAAACGACGAAGUACGCGAAGACGAGAGCGCUUCUACUUCUUCUUCUUCUUCCUCGUCUUCGCCGGCAAAUUUUCAUCACGAAGAACGCAUUUUCGAUCGUGAGAACAACAACAACGACGACGUCGAAGACGAACACGAAGUAGAAGAAGAAGGAGAUGUGUUCGAGCGAGGCAGCGCGGUGAGACAGACGAAGGAGAACGACCAUCAACACCAACGGCGACGGCGACGCUCAGUAAUCGUCGACCGGUACGAAGACAAAGAACAAGAAGGAACGACGUUACGAUGGAGCGAUGAAGAAGAAAGCACUGAAUUGCGAAGAAUAUCCUCUACGUUUAGAAACGGAAGCGAUGAUGACGAUGAAUGUUGCAGCACGAGCAGUCGCGACGAGGAAGAGAAUCACGACACGAAGCCGCCGCAAGUGAACGCAGAGUUGGAGAUGAAACUAAGACGGUACGAAUUGAAGCACGUCGAUUUAGAGUUGAAGCUUUCCGCGAGCGAAGAAAAAGUAAGCGAAGCGGCUCUCGUAUUAGAAGAAGCCGAGAAAACGCGAGAUAUGUAUAGAAAACAGUGCAAUCGCGCGUGGGAGGAAGUGAAAGAGUUGGAACGCGUAAUCGAGGAAGAAAGGAAAAGUGCGGCAGAAAAACUCUCCAAUGAAUUGCUCAAACAAAAACAAAAUAAAGCUACGAAACGUGCCGAACGAUUCAGGCUGAAAGGAAACAAAUCGUACGCCGCGGGUGAUCUUAGCAGUGCGGAAGGAUAUUACGCCGAAGCUAUUUUACUGUUAGAAUCGAGUGGAAUGGGGCUGAUUGAUAAAAACCAUCUGACAUUGCGAACAAACAGAGCGGCGGCGUUGAUGGCACUUGGAAGAGACAACGAUGCUUUACAAGAGUGUUUGAACGUGUUAAAUGUGGACGAAGAGAACAUCAAAGCGCUUUCGCAAGCGGCAACGUGUGCGUUAUCCCUUUCGAAUUUGAAUAGCGCUAGAAAAUACAUAGCGAGGAUCGUCUUGUCUUCGACAGCCUCAGUAGACGAUUUACAAAGCGCGCACCAACAACAAGAAAUGCUGCUCCGCGCGUGCAUAGAACGCGAUAAGUCUUUUGGAAACGAUGCUUAUAAACGUGCUGACUACGCCGAAGCUUUACGUCUUUAUACCGUUGCUUUGAAAGACGCGAAUGAUGUCACGGAUGUUACCGACGAGAUCCAAAAAAUCAAAGUUGGUUUACAUUCAAAUCGUGCGGCUACUCAUAUGAUGCUCGGGCACCCAUUAAAAGCCGCGGAAGAUUGUUGUGUGGCUUUGAAGUUUCAUCCUGGAAACGUAAAAAUUCAGUUACGAUAUGCCCGAUGCCUAUUGUUGCUUGGAGAUUUCAAAGCUGCUUUCCAAGAAGCAAGCGAUGUCUUAACCCGAGAGAAUAUCGAUACCGUCAUCAAAAACGAAGCAAACGAAAUACACGAAGAUAUUCAAACUUCUGAAAAAGUAGUUCGAGAAGUUGGCCAAGUUUUAAAGCGGUUCGAGGAGGAGAGAGAUGUCGCGGAUGAAAACGAAGCCAAAAGAGUAAGCGAAGAAGCGUUGGAGAAAUUGAACAAAGUCAUGCAAAUAGUGACAAAAAUACCAAUGCUCAUCACUCUGAAAGCCGAAGCGAUGAGAUUUAUGGGUAAAUACGACGAAGCCCGUUCACUUUUAGAAAGUAACGAACCUUCCGAUGAUCCGAGACGACGUGCUUUGGAAGCGCGAAUAUGCUUCGAUCUCGGAUAUUUGAGCGCCUGUAUCGAGGCAGCUUUACCGGUGACUAAGAGUGCUUCCUCGUCGUCGCCGUCGUCGUUAGACGCGUGUGUUCCCGACAGGGGGAAACUAAUUCUCCUCGUCGAGCAAGCUGUGAACGCACAGGCCUCUCGAGAGAGAGGCAGAGUUUUAUUCAAAGAAGAGCAGUACGAAGAAGCUAUGGGUGUUUACAGAGAAGCGUUAGAGUCGUGCGCGGCGGAUUCGCCCGUGCUCCAGGCGAUAUUCUUGUCCAACAUAUGCGCGUGCGAACAAGCUCUGGAAAGGUAUGUCGACGCUUUAUCUUCCGCUUCUAUCGCUAUUUCGUUAGCUCCGACGUUCGCGAAGGCUCGUUCUCGUUUGGCAACUCUGUAUGGCGAAUUGGACAUGCACAAAGAAGCUAUCGAGGCGUACGACAGCCUUCUCGAGCUUCCGUUGGAUAACGAGGAGAGGAAUGUCGCCAAUUGGAAUAAAAGGGAGGUUGAAAAGAAGAAAGCAGCCCAACCGAAUUGGUAUAAACUUCUCGGAUUGAAAGAUUUCGGCUCUGCAACGACAACAAGCGACGUGAAGAAGGCGUAUAAAAAGCUUGCGUUGGUACACCACCCGGACAAAAAUUCGGCUCCUAUUAGCACCAAGCUGUUUAAACUCGUCUCGGAAGCUUCGAGGGUGUUAACAGCGCAAGAAAACGUCAACGGCGAGUCAUUCGAGCAGGCGAACGCCGGGCUCUGCUUCUUCUAA